ACGCAGCUGGUUGUGCCUCCUCGCUCUGCAGCGGAACCUCAAUAUCCGAGAGUUAGUCAGUCCAAAGUUCCUCGAGAUUUCGAGACCAAAUUUCACAUCUUUUCAAGUGUACGGUGUGUACGAGUACGGAGAACAGUGUACGCUUACGUGCUUACGUGUUUAUGUGUCGGUGCACGUGUAUGUGGUCGCGAUUUUUUUGUCCAAGAGACUCGAACUGUAAAUUCGUCAGCUGGCGUCAAUAAGAUGUUGGAGUUCUAUCCAAUGCCCACGAAUCUGAAUCCAGUCGGUGGCGGCCUGUACUCGUUACAACAGAAUCACGGUGGCGCGCGGUUCCUGGACAGUCCGAAUCCCAGUGUCAUGACCAGUGCCACAGCCGCCUGUCUGGCCGGAAGCAGCAACACGAGUAUUAACAACAACAACAACAACAAUAACAACAAUGUACACAUUAGCAACAACAAUUUGCCAACAAGCAUUUCCGGCAACAACAGCCCGACAGCAACGGCUUCAUUAACGGGCCCCGUAAUUUCCGCACAGCACCAACACCAACAACAUCAGCAACAGCAACACCCACACCAUCCCCACCAUCAGCAGCAUCCACACCAACAGCAACACGCAGCCUCGACGACGCCAGUGCCAAUUAACAGCUGCCCUACGCCCACAGGACACAGCCCCAACAACAGCAACAACUCCGCCUGCAACACAUUAACAGCUGCUGCUGCUGCUGCUUCUGCUUCUUCUGCGGCAGCGCCACCAGCAACAGCUCCCUCAGUCGCCUCCUCGUCAUUAGGCGGAGCAGCCACGUCUGCUUCUGCUGUUUCUGCUGCUGCGUCUGCGACCUCGACGACGGCAUCGGGACUGGCAUCCGCAGGAGGAGCGUCAACGGCGUUAGCGCCGGCGGCAGCAUCGAAAUUGUCUGCCGAUUGUAGUGGACGCACAGAAGUGGGCCACAUCAAAUGCGAGAAGAACUUCGAGCUGUGCGAGGGCUGUGGCCAGAAGAUCCACGACCGCUAUCUGAUGAAUGUGGGCGAGGCCAACUGGCACGAGCAGUGCCUGGCCUGCUGCUACUGCGGCAUGCAGCUCCACAACACCUGCUACGUGCGUAACUCCAAGCUAUACUGCAAGAUGGACUACGACCGCUUGUUCGGUGUCAAGUGCGCCUCCUGCUGCCAUGCGAUCCUGCCGCAGGAGCUGGUGAUGCGGCCCAUCCCCAACUUCGUCUUCCACCUGCCCUGCUUCGUCUGCUACGCCUGCCGACUGCCCCUUCAGAAGGGCGAGCAGUUCAUGCUGCGCGAUGGCCAGCUGUUCUGCUACCGCCACGACCUGGAAAAGGAGAUGUUUCUGGCCGCGGCAGCUGCCCAGCACUGCGGCUUCGUGGGACUGGACGAGGAGGAUCUGCUGCGGCCACGGGACGGACGGCGGGGUCCGAAGCGACCACGCACCAUUCUCACUUCGCAGCAGCGGAAGCAGUUCAAGGCCUCCUUCGAUCAGUCGCCCAAGCCCUGCCGCAAGGUGCGCGAGGCCCUUGCCAAAGACACCGGACUAUCGGUGCGAGUGGUUCAGGUGUGGUUUCAGAACCAGCGAGCCAAAAUGAAGAAGAUACAGCGCAAGGCCAAGCAGAAUGGUGGCAGCUCGGGCGGAUCUGGAGGCGGCCGUGGCACAGGCAACUCUAGCGCUGCCGAUGACAAGGAGCCCAAUGAGAAGGAGGACAAGUGUGUCAAGCAGGAGAUGGGCGGCGAUAGCUCGGGCUAUCUGGGGGGUCUGGACAACGCCUUUGCCAGCCAGCCACUGAAUCCCAACUUGCCCUUCUCUCCGGACGAUUACCCGGCAAACUCGAACGACAGCUUUUGCAGCUCGGACCUGUCGCUGGACGGCAGCAAUUUUGACCAGUUGGACGACGACACAGAUUCGCUGUCGCUGAACAACCUGGAGCUGCAGUCCACCAGCUCAUCCGGCAACCAGCACUCGCACUCGAAUCCCCACGACAUGUUGGCCAACCUGAACACCAGCCUGAUUAACCCGAUCGACAAGCUAUAUCUCAUGCAGAACUCGUACUUCAGCUCGGAGCAUUAGGCACGCGUAUCAGUGAAGGCAGCUACAAAAAAACAACGUGGCGAGGAUUCGCCGUCGUACGAAUUUAUUAGCGUUAGUGUUAUAGGCUCCAAUUGCUCGGCAGUGUGGUACGCCCCUCCCUUAAGCCCCAUGGCCAAGGUCACAGCCACCCACAGCCACACAGAAGUGCAGCCGUUAGUUUAUAAAGAGCACAUAGCAGGCAUUUCGGAGACAGACGGCUGGCAGCUGCGGCAUUAGGUUCGAGUUGUAGAACAAGAUAAAUGAAAUGUGAUUUUUUAAGCUAAAUGAAAUUUUAAGGUUCUCGCGGUCUCUGUCUGUAACACACCACAGCGAGAGGAGGCGGCAGCACGUUUUGUUGCAGGUCUUGAGGAUGUGAAAGCAGUCGCGUUAUUGCAUUACUACAUAAAUACAUUUGUAUGUAUGUAAGUAUAUGUACGAUAUGUAGAACACCCGAAAGGUAAACGGUCAAUGUGCACCUUAUGUUUGUAAAUAGUUUUAAACCGGACAAUUGUUAUUAAAUGUAAUUUAAAGUCAAUAGUUGUAUUAGCAAGUGCAAUUUAAUCUGUUCCCCUAAAAUAUACAUCUUAACCGAACCCCCUGUA